AUGAAACUCGACCCCUCGCGACUCACUGCCUUCCUGGCUGCCAACUCAACCGGUGUCGGUGUUCUAGUAUGUCCUGGAGGUGGAUACAGUAUGUUGGCUUCAGGCCACGAAGGACAAGACCCUGCUCGAUACCUCAACACUCUUGGCAUCGACGCUUGGGUUCUUGAAUACACGACAGCGUUGAACAUGACACCACCACUAUUCCCUAAGCCCAUGGACGAAGCACUCGGUGCAUUGGACCUUAUUCGACAAGAAGCCCCUAAUCUAAAGAAGCUUGGCAUCUGGGGCUUUUCCGCUGGCGGUCAUCUUGCAGGAACAACACUUACCAAUCCUCAGACCAAUCUCGACUUUGGAAUUCUAGGAUAUCCCGUUAUUACUCUUGAGGAUGACUACACCCACGAGAACUCACGAUACAACCUUCUUGGAAACAACCCCACCAAACAGCAAAUUGACGAACUUUCAGUGCACAAGAGGGUUUCCGAUAAGACACCCCCGACUUUCCUUUUCCACACUUCCAACGACGAUCUUGUACCAGUGCAAAAUACGUAUCUUUAUGCAGAGGCUAUGGCAAAACACGGUAGAUUGGCUCAGGUGGUGGUCCUUCCUGACGGGCCCCAUGGAAUUGGCUUAGCGCAGAAUGACCCUGUUCGAGACUGGACGCCAGAGCUGAAGCGAUUCCUCACGUAUUCGAUCUAA